AUGACAGAUCCACCACAAAAACAGUUUUACUUAGAAUUAGCUAAUGAACUUCCAAAUCAAGCGUUUACAUUUGUUUUUUCGUAUGGUAGUGGUAGUGGCCAAGACAAGGAAAAUAAGUUAAGGCCCAUUCCUCGUGUUCAGAAAACGAUUCAACCUAGAUAUAAAGCUUGGUUUGCGUUUGAAGAAAAAAAAUUAGGAGUCACCUUUGGUGAAUUUCUUUGUGAAUUUCCCGACACCUACAAGCCAAGGCAAGUAUUGCCAACCGAGAACGGAGUAACCUGGACUAUUGUUUCUGGAGAAGACUAUUUGACACGAUUCGACCAACCCCCCACACCUGCUCCAAAUAAUCAAAUUACCAUCAAAAAUGAAGCAAAAGAUGACUAUGCAGUAGGUCUUAGUAUCGAUGGUAAACCAAUUCAAGUCACCCAGAAGCUCGUAAAACCCACUAAAGAGGUAACAUUUAACGCUUUGACGUAUGCUAUUUCCCUCGUGGCUACGCCAAUUGAGACACUUACAGAUGGUCCGACUCUUGUUAAGAAAGUAAUUGAUGAUACGUUGAUAUCGUAUCAGGAUGGUUUUAAUCUUGCAGUUGUAAGUGUAAAGCCUGCUCCUCCUAAGGACUUAUGUGAUAAUCCUCAAUCAUCAGUAAGACUUGAGCUGACAAAUUUAUAA